UUGUUUCAGAAGCACAAGUGGACCGAACGAUUUGUCAUCUUGGUGUCAGACGGCGAUCGUGAUACGGGACCAGGCUGUUUCAAUUUUGGCUUCCCUUCCAUUCAACUGCAAUGGCAACAGGGUCAAACAAUCCAGAUUCCCGGAAUCGGCCCCUACACUUUCCCCAGUAUCCCGGUCCCGACUCUUGUGCAAGGUGCACCACAGUGUGAUCAGAAGCAGCAACAUAUGCUGAGUUUCUCUCAAGAAGAUGAAGCACGUAAGGUGCGAUCUGACGGGAAUAGGAUUAUAUACGUUGUUGUUGGAGCUAAUAGCCAUGAAUACGAGAGUCGAAAGAACAAGAUUAAUGAUAUGGCCGGGGGCUCUCACAACGUGAUAUACGCCGGCGGAUUCGAUCACAAUCCCGGAUUAGCCAUUUUGAUGUACGAGAUGUAG